UAUUUCUUAAUUGGCAAAACGCACUUCGUCUUCUCUGGUCACGUACCUCCGCGGCUGCCGUAGACAGGAAGUGAGACAAAGCCAACAACAUGGUGCUGGAGAAGAAAGCCUCCGCCCGGGUGGAGGCUGGCCAGAGGAGAGUUCUAGAUGAGGCCACCAGACAGCGGAGACUGACUCGCCAGCUGGAAGCUCUGGAGAAAGACAACUUCCAGAGAAGAAGAAGAGGAAGACGAGAGGCGAUCACUUCAAGCAGCGCUUCAGGAAGAACUUCACCACGCUGCUGGAGGAGGAGACUUUGUCCCUGCUGCAGGAAGUCACCGUCACACUGCCGUCGCCGCGACGACCUGAGGAGCUUCUCACCGCAGACGUCCAUCAUGAAGCCUUCAUCGUCAUUAUCAUCAUCAUCAUCAUCAGCAUCAUCAUCAUCAUCAUCAGCAGCAUCAGAAACUCGUCUCCUCUCCUCUUCAUCUCCUCCUCCUCUUCCUCGUCUGUCCCUGAGGAGUCCAGAGCUGCAGGCUCAGUUCCUACAAGAGUGUCGGAACAGAUUUGGCUCUCACGGUAAACACGGUGAAGACGGUGAAUCCGGUGUCUUCUCCUCCCCCUCCUCUUCCUCCCGCUCCUCUUCCUCCCCCUCCUCUCCCUCCCCCCCCUCCUCCACAGGAAGUCCCGCCUCCUCCUCGUCUCCUCCUCCUCCCAGCGGUGACAGCAGGCGAGACCGUCUGUCUCUCUCCAGUCCUGAGCUGCUGUCAGAGCUGAAACAGUCGAGGUCACGCAGCCUCCGACGCGUCCCGGUACACAACGGCAUGACCACCGUCUUCUGUGGACGAGGGCGGGGGGGACAGGCUCCUGGCUCCGCCCCCUCCACAGGAUCAGCCAAUCACAAGACAGGUGGGCGAGAAACAGACAGAAGAUCUGAUCAGCGGACCUAAAAGAAGACACGACAACGUUUCCUGUUCUUCCAUCAUUAUCCAGAUGAACCGACAUGUUGUUGACUCAUACAGUGAUCAAAGCUACAUUUCUGUAAAUAAUACGUUCCCAAUAAAAUCUCAGUCACAAGA